GAAUUUUUCCCUGUUUUCCCGCUCUCCUGGCGGGUCUGACCAGCGCGGCCCAGCAGGUCCCGGUGUUCCCAAAUCCCUUUUCCCAGGAGUUUUCUCCCAUUUUAAGCAUCCUAACCCCAUUUUUUUCCCCCAUCACCUGGAAUUUUUGGGAUCCCAAGGAUUUUCCAUGGAAUUUUUCCCUGUUUUGCAGCUCUCCUGGCGGGUCUGACCAGCGCUGCCCAGCAGGUCCCAGUGUUCCUAAAUCCCUUUUCCCAGGAUUUUGGUGCUAUUUUCGGGAUCCCAACCCCAUUUUUUUCGGGUUUUUUUCCUAUCUCUCAAAUUUUUGGAAUUCUGAGCUGAUUUUCCCAAUCCUAAAGGAUUUUCCAUGGAUUUUUCCCUGUUUUCCAGCUCUCCUGGCGGGCCUGACCAGCGCGGCCCAGCAGGUCCCGGCCGUCUCGUCCCUCUCCCAGCCCCCGUCCGGUUACGCUCCCGAAAUCCCGACCACCGUGGUGAACAUCCCGCACCCGUCGGUGAUCGCGGCUCCGCUCCUGAAAUCCCUGCAGGCCCUUCCCGGGGGCAAUCCCGGCAAUCCCGCCAUUCCCAACAAUCCCAACGUUCCCGGUAACCCCGGCAACCCCGGCGUGCUGGCGGCUCCCGCGCCCACCCAGCCCGUGGCCAAGAAAAAAGGCGUCAAGCGGAAAGCCGACACCACCACCCCCACCACCACGGCCAUCAUCGCCACCAGCGGCGGCGAAUCCUCCCCUUCCAUCCCCGAAAACCCCAAAGCCGCCAAAAUCCCGGCGCGACGCGAGAGCGGCCGACCCAUCAAACCCCCCAGGAAAGAUCUCCCAGAUUCCCAACAGCACCAAACUUCCAAGAAAGGGAAACUUUCCGAGCAGCUCAAAUACUGCAACGGCAUCUUGAAGGAGCUCUUGUCCAAAAAACACGCGGCCUACGCUUGGCCCUUCUACAAACCCGUCGACGCGUCGGCGUUGGGGCUGCACGAUUACCACGAGAUCAUCAAGCAUCCCAUGGAUCUCAGCACCAUCAAGCGGAAGAUGGAAAACCGGGAAUACCGCGACGCGCAAGAAUUCGCCGCCGACGUGCGGUUGAUGUUCUCCAACUGCUACAAGUACAACCCGCCCGACCACGACGUGGUGGCCAUGGCCAGGAAACUCCAGGACGUGUUCGAGUUCAGCUACGCCAAAAUGCCGGACGAGCCGCAGGACUCGGGCGCGGCCUCGGCCUCGGCGCCGCUGCCCAUCCCCAAAUCCUCGUCCGAGGAAUCUUCCAGCGAUGAAGACGAGGAGGAGGAGGACGAGGACGAGGACGAGGACGAGGAGAGCUCCACGGAAACGUCCUCGGAGAGCGAGGAGAGCUCGGAUUCCGAGGAGGAGCGAGCCAACCGGCUGGCCGAGCUGCAGGAGCAGGUGGGGGAGUCU